AGGAACACAAAGGAACUGAGGCGGGGAGGCGGCCCUGAGUGGCCGGACAGGUGGGUGACCAAAACUGCACACAACACUCCAAAUCAACAACUUCAACGCGACAUUCCGUCUCCUAUACUCAAUUCAUCUGCCAUUUCUUCACUAUACCUGCCAAAGGAGACAGCGAUCUAUAUCCCACUGUCUGGAUUUUCUUGCUACUACCAUCAGGCAGAAGGUACAAGAGCUGUUGCCUCUCAGAAGCAGGCCUGGAAUGUGAGGAUCCACUAACUGCUGGUGGCUGGUGAAUGCACAAUGGCAAGCGGCUGCGCGGAGCCGGGCUCCAAUGUCUGCUCUGACCCUCUGUGCCGGUCACACGAGUUGAAGCACCUGACGGCCGAGGAGUGGCAGCAGGAUGGCAAGGAGGCCUGUCCCAAUGCCAUGGAUGCAGAUCUCCUGGGCGAUGGUGAUGGUGACUCAAGCUCCGAAUAUGUGAACAACAUGCCAGAGGAGGAGGGCUAUGAGGAGGGAGUGCCGGAGGAGGAGGGGGUGACCUAUUACAUCAGGUACUGUCCAGAGGAGGACAGUUACCUGGAUGACAUUGGAUGCACGGGAGAGAGCUGCGAGUCUCACACUAUUGUGGAUGAGCACGAAGACAGCCCACCAACUGUGGAGUCUUGCACGGAAUCUGAUGUCUGCCAAGCUGUGACGGAGGAGCCUGAAGAACGUGUUGGUGUCCAAGGACGAGAGGACCCUGCAGAAACCCGACCAGAAGCAAGCAGCGAAGGAACCCCGUGGCGUUACUGCCCGUCACAGUCCAGCAUUCAGUCCCAGUACCACCACAAAUCAGAAGCAGAGCCAGAGGACGUGGAGGAGGACAUCGACCAGAUUGUAGCUGAAAUUAAAAUGAGCAUGAGUACAAGCAGUUUAACCAGUGGCAGCGAGCAGAGCCCAGGGGAGAGGGCUCCCACUAGUAAGUCAGACACAGACAUUUGCAGCUCACAUGUGAAGGAAGAGGGGUGGCCACGUCUGUGCCUGACCUCACCCUCUGAGGGGAACGAUGAGGAGGCUCCCUUCAGUGGGAAACCUGAAGCGAGGGCCUCAGAUCCAUGGAAACAGCGAAGCUCUGGACAGGUAGAUGCAGACAUGGAUCAGCCUCGAAAGCAGCAACGCUCUGACCUGAAUGGACCAGUCAACAACAACUACGUCAAUGAGCAAACGAAGACACCAUCCUCCUUUCCUAACUUUGUGGAUGUUCCAGGUCCUUGUGAGCCAGAAGAUUUGAUUGAUGGGAUCAUUUUUGCAGCCAAUUACCUCGGCUCAACACAGCUGCUGUCGGAGCGAAAUCCUUCGAAAAACAUCCGUAUGAUGCAAGCGCAGGAAGCAGUAGCUCGCAUUAAGAGGGUGCAGAAAACAUCAAAGUCUAAGAAGAAAGUGGGUGCGGACGGGAGCUGUCAGUCACUGACUGAAGUUGAUCUCUUCAUUUCCACACAGAGAAUUAAAGUUCUAAACGCAGACUCACAGGAGCCAAUGAUGGACCACGCCCUCCGCACCAUCUCCUACAUCGCUGACAUCGGCAACAUUGUGGUUUUGAUGGCGCGGAGACGGGUGCCACGAGCAACCUCCCAGGACUGUAUUGAGACCACCCCAGGGACACAGGAGGCCAAGAAACAGUAUAAGAUGGUGUGCCAUGUGUUUGAGUCGGAGGAUGCACAGCUCAUUGCUCAAUCUAUUGGACAGGCCUUUAGUGUAGCCUACCAAGAAUUCCUGCGAGCCAAUGGCAUUAAUCCUGAGGACCUCAGCCAGAAGGAGUAUAGUGACAUUAUCAACACCCAGGAGAUGUACAACGACGACCUUAUCCACUACUCCAACUCAGCCAACUGCAAGGAGCUACAUGUUGAGAAGCUGAAGGGGGAAAUCUUCGGGGUGGUGAUUGUGGAGUCAGGGUGGGGCUCAAUCCUCCCCACCGUCAUCCUAGCAAACAUGAUGAACGGAGGGCCGGCUGCCCGCUCGGGGAAGCUGAGCAUCGGAGACCAGAUCAUGUCCAUCAACGGCACCAGCCUAGUGGGGCUGCCUCUCGCCACCUGUCAAGGAAUAAUCAAGGGACUGAAGAACCAGGUUGAAGUGAGGCUCAACAUCGUGAGCUGCCCUCCUGUCAUCACUGUUCUGAUUAAACGGCCCGAUCUCAAGUACCAGCUGGGUUUUAGUGUGCAGAACGGUAUUAUCUGUAGCUUGAUGCGAGGUGGUAUUGCAGAACGUGGAGGAGUCAGAGUGGGUCAUCGCAUCAUUGAUAUCAAUGGGCAGAGCGUUGUGGCUACAGCCCAUGAGAAGAUCGUCCAGGCCCUGUCUAAUUCAGUGGGAGAGAUUCACAUGAAGACGAUGCCAGCUGCUAUGUUCAGGCUCCUGACUGGGCAGGAAACACCAUUGUACAUCUGAGAGUGGACAGCCCCUCCUCGGUGAACAAGAGCUUCCAGCAAAUUUACCGCAACUUCUUUAUGGGAAAGAGAUGACCAGUGGACUGCUGACGAUGCCAGUUCCUCCCAAGUCCUGUGCGCGUGGUGUGUGUAUGCGUCUGCUCCUUGUGUCUGUCUUGUCAGUCUGUGUGUCUGCAUGUCUCUACCCUCACUCUCUACCAACAACGGCCGCUCCCAUUGAGGCACUGCUGGAAAAGACAAAAAUACUUUGCGUUUUAGGAUAUCAGACCAGUUUCCUUUCAAAGUUUUUGAAGACAAAUGUCACUGCCAUGGGCUGUGGAUGUGCAAUAAAGAACACAGUGUCCAAUGAAGAGGUGAAUUCCGUGACAAUCUGUUACCUUUAGUUGUGAGGACACAGGGAUACCUGUCAGCCAAUUAACCUGAGCUCUCUCACUCUUUACAGGGAAAUUCCUUUGUACAUUCAUCCCGCUCAGUGCGACAGUGCAGAUGUCUCUUGUCGGUUGCUGGAGGAAGGUCUGGAGUUUGUUUGUACAGUGUGUUUUUGCUGGCCAAAUUGGUUACAUUAAGUCUUUGCAUUUGUGUUUUGGAAUGUUGUGGUUGCCAUUAGAGGCCCAAUUUUACUCGUGUUCCUCUUCGUUGGCACAGUUGGAACAGGACAGAUUCUGUAGUUGAUGUAUUAGUGACUGUUGUGUGAAGGUGAAGGUGAAGUAACAGGAUCUGAAAUAAGUGUUAACAACAGUUGGCAUUGGAGUAUCAAUUGGAUAGAUCCAGCACAACUCCUGCUGGAGAGCAGAGGAGGCAAGAGGACCAGGGAUUGGGAAGAGCAUGGGGGGGGGGGGUGGUGGUUGUUGAAAUAACAAGAGGAGCAGAUGAACAGAGGCAAAAUCUGAGCAUUAAAUGCUGUGAAAAGCCAAUUGUCACAAAUUUAUUUGAAAAUAAUCUUUAAUCCACAAGAUUCAAUACAGUUUGCAAGGUACAAAAAAUAAAUCAACUCAUUUAAUAUUUUGUGUCAAACUGUACAGAGUGAGCUUGCUCACAAAACUUGUUUUCAUUUGCCAUUAAGUUAAUUAAUAAUUUAUAUCUUUUCUUCACAAAUGUUAAAAUAUACAUAUACAACAUACAGCUCCCAUUAUCUGUUAAAUGAUCCCAGUGGUGUGUGUCUCAAGUAGCCUCUGACAACCAAGUCCAGCUCCUGGCCUUCACAUGUCGCUUAGCCAAUCCUGUGAUGCCACUGUACGAGACUCCACAUAUCACAGACAGCUAGGACACAACACAUUUGUCAACCUCGACCAAUGGAGGGCAUUGUGGAAAUAAAUAAAUGAAUAUGUUCUUUCCAAACUCAUUUCUUGACACAUGUACAGAUGGUGCCAUUUCAUGUUACAGAAGAUCGUGAUAAAGACGGUUUUUUGGGAACA